AUGGCCCACGAGUCUCUACAUGGAUCAUGCUCCUGCGGGCGCAACCAAUACAGGAUUUCUAUUCCUGAGGAUGUGACAGACCAUGCUGAAGUGUAUUUUGACAGCAGCCGAGAAAAUCGUCGAUUCCACGGUACCCCACUUACUGCAUGGCUCCGGGUACCCUUAGCCUGGUACAAUUCGCAUACGGAGUCAUUCUUCCCCGAUGAAACACACGCUUCAAUUCGCCGUUCUUUUUCACCUCGCCAUGCACCUGAAAUACAGCGCGUGUUCUGCGGCUUUUGCGGAACCCCAUUGACUGUCUGGACUGAGGAACCUCGCGAAGAAGCCAAUUUCAUGUCGGUGGCUAUUGGAAGUCUGUUCGGAGAAGAUCAGCGGGCACUGGAAGAUCUCAAUCUUCUCCCUGGGGACUCAGACUCAGACGAAGAUGAAGACGAGGUUGAAGCGGAGAUUUCUGGCUCUGCUAUUACACCGUCCCUGGGCACUUCAUCGGUUGUUAUACCUUCUUUCACCGACCCGGGUCAUAUUUCGCGGAACUUUCAGCACGGCAGAGCUGGUGGUAUUCCCUGGUUUGAGGAGAUGGUCGAAGGCAGCCGUCUAGGCCGCUUGAUGCGGUCUCGACGAGGUAUGGGCGUGAGUGAUGAUCAGUCUACUUCAAUAGAGUGGGAGGUCAGUGAAUGGCAUGAUGAUGGAAGCGGCGGUUUUCUACACCAAGAGGAAUCGCCUCCUGGAGGGACGAGCACUGGAAAGAGAAAACGGGGCCGUCAGACUGAUACAGACUCCCCCCCAUAA